GUGAGGCUCUUAUUCUGAAAGGUUACCGGACAUUGACGUGGAAUUGCUAUUUACAUGUUUCGGAUAACUCCAGAAACAAAAUCCCUCGGUUUGGUCGUAAGUUUAUCUUAAUUGUGAACGAAAUGGGGAGAUACAAAUGUGCCUACAACUGCGAAAACUCCCACGAAUCAGAUGUUAAGUUUUUUAAGUUUCCACUAUACAACCCCCGAAAACUGAAGAAAUGGCUGAACAACAUGAAGUGGGAUGACUGGACUCCGUCUCGUUUCUCGGUGCUGUGCAGCCAUCAUUUUGAGGAGCAGCACAUCGACAGAACAGGGAAAUGUGUGACACUAAGAGACGAUGCCAUCCCCACCAUAUUUUCUCCUUCCGUUGACACGCAGAAAACAAAGGCUCCCAUCAACCCGAGAAGAAAGCAAAACAAGGCGCCUGCUGCAAAAGCCUCGAAGACGACUUCAGCUCAGUCUCCAACAACCACUCGCUCCACGUCAAAGCCCGACAUCCAGAACCAAGAGGCCAGCCAGACAGAAGAGCCUUCCCGAGACGAAGAGCAGAACAGGCCUGAAAGAUGGAGGAUUAUAGUCGAUGAAGGACUCAUGAAGAUUGAGUCAUUUCCACAUUUCUUCCAUGGAGAUUACUGCGUGCCACAGCAGGAUGUUCAGUGGGCUCCAGACGAUGAUUUAAGUGCAGAAUGUAAAGAUCCCGAAAAGAUGAUAGAGGUGACAGAGCCGUGGCAGUGGCUCGGUCUGGAUGUCAGAGGACAGCUGCCUGAGACUCUAAACGGACACAAGUACAUGUUGACUGUGACAGACUUCUUCUCUAAGUGGGUCGAAGCUGUACCUUUGGAGUCCUUCCUCCCAGAACAUGUGGCGAAGCGCAUCGUGGAAAUCAUCGCCCACUUUGGAUACCCGCUCAGGAUCCUCUCCAGACUGCCGCGUGACAUGGUCCAAAAAAUCAACAAAGAACUGAAGGAGCAGCUGAAGAUCACCAUUGCUCUUGUCGUCCAUCAUCAGCAGACCGGCACCGCAGACGUGAUCACAGAGCAGCUGAUUGACAGGAUGGUCAAUGAGCUAAUAGAAGAGCACGCGCCUGACUGGGACGUUUACCUGCCUGCAAAGGUCUUCAGUCUGUGCUUCAAGGAGAACUCACAGACCAAAGAAAGACCCUUCUCAGUGCUCUGCUGUAAGGAGCUGGAGCUGAAGAAAUCUCCCAGAGAACUGGAGUUUUCUAAUUCCAGGGUCCAGGACAGUGCUUUUGUGGUGAGAUAGAGUCAGCUAAUAUGCUCAACUGAUGUGGAAAUCGAACUGAGCUUGGUUUUAUGAAGAAAAAAAAACAAAAACAUAACUCUGACUUUUGUCAUGGUUAAAUGCUGGACUUUGAGUGUACAUCAUGACCACAGUGGGAACCAGGAGGAGCCGCAUGACGGGACAGAUGUGGCAGAUGGAACGCCACACGUUUCUCUUCUCCCAGCAACUCAAGUCAACUUUCAACCUGUUAAAUUAUUUGUGAUGUUUAUUCACUUGUACCUAUUUAUUUCAGCUCAGUACAAAGGCUUUCACAGUCCUGUUUAGUAUUUAGUUAGAUAAGAGAUAAGAUGUCAACACUAUACAACUAUGAAUUGUCUUAAAGGAUUAACAAAACAUUGCUGAGAUCCUGAAAAUGAAUACGAAUGAAGAGAGUUAUUUUUUAGGUUUAGAAAGGAGAUAGUAUGAGUGCUGUUUUGGUUAAGCCAUAUGAGUGUGAAAAAUACAACAUUUUUGUGCUAACAUCAGAAUUGUUUUUGCAUUUUGUACGUAAGCUUCCUGUUACAGAAGCCACAAAGUGGUACAAUUCUUCCGAGCAAUCAAAUUGUUACAUUUAAGGCUACAGCUUUUGAUUGAUUUUGUUUUGUGUCUAUUAAAUUUAAAGCAUUUCAUGAAUUUAAUAAAAUUGCUUGGGUUUCACGUGCAAAAAAAAGAAAAUGUCUUUGUGAUGUAUAACCGGUUUAUAAAAACAAGUGAGCCAUUAGCACAAUAAAUGGUCUACUUUGAACUAC